CUCUUUUCUGCACAAUAAAUAUCACUGCAUAUUAGUUUCUGAUGUGUUUGUUGUAAAUCAGCAGCAUCUUCAUGUGAAUGCAGUCAUACUGGUACUGACUUCUUCUCUGAUCCAAGGGAAAACAGACCUUUAUCAGAAUGGAGUUAAUGGAAGUUGAUGACGAUGAGCUACAUGUGAAUAAGAACCUCACAAUGGGAGGCCUCGUUACCUCAGUUGAUUUUCAGAGGAAGAAGAAGCCCUCUAGAUGUGCGUCCGUGUGUCUUGGAUUACUGUGUGCUGUCCUGUUGGCUGGUAACAUAGGACAGUUUGUCUACUAUGAGAUAAUCAGCCGCUUCUCGUCAGCAGACCCAACGCAGGCCAGCUACAUUCAAGGAGGUCAACUGCAGAGCAGCUAUGAUGCUUUAACAGCAGAGAGAAAACAAUUGGAUGCCAGACUGACUAACCUGACUAAAGAAAAAGACCUGUGGCAGCAAAGCUACAGCUCUUUGACUACUGAAAGAGAUGAGUUCAAGGCCAGUUUCAACAAUCUGAAAAAUGAGAGCGACCAGUUACAAGUAAGUUACAACACUUUAAAACUAGAGAGCGAUCAGUUACAGACUUAUCACACUAAUCUGACAGCAAGUAAAGACCAGCUACAGACCAUGUACAGUAGCCUUCAAAGAGAAAAAGAUGAGUUACAGACUAAUAAAGACCAGCUACAGACCAAGCACAGUAGCCUUCAAAGAGAAAAAGAUGAGUUACAGACUAAUAAAGACCAGCUACAGACCAAGCACAGUAGCCUUCAAAGAGAAAAAGAUGAGUUACAGACUAAUAAAGACCAGCUACAGACUAGUUACAGUAGCCUGCAAAGAGAAAAAGAAGAGUUACAGACUUUGUCUGUUACGCUGAGAGCAAACAGAGAUCAAUUGCAGAGCAAUUACUCUUCACUGAAGACGAACAAGGACCAGUUGCAAAGAAGCUAUGACACACUGAGUAUAAGUAGGAAUCACAUUCAGACUAGCUACAAUUCAUUGCAGAAAGACAAAGAACGAUUGCAGUCCAGCUAUAAUACAAUGCAGAAGGAGAAAGAGCAGUUACAGAAAAGUUACAGUUCUUUGACUACUGAAAGAGAUGACUUCAAGGCCAGUUUCAACAAUCUGAAAAAUGAGAGCGACCAGUUACAAGUAAGUUACAACACCUUAAAACUAGAGAGCGAUCAGUUACAGACUUAUCACACUAAUCUGACAGCAAGUAAAGACCAGCUACAGACCAAGCACAGUAGCCUUCAAAGAGAAAAAGAUGAGUUACAGACUUUGUCUGUUACGCUGAGAGCAAACAGAGAUCAGUUGCAGAGCAAUUACUCUUCACUGAAGACGAACAAGGACCAGUUGCAAAGAAGCUAUGAUACACUGAGUAUAAGUAAGAAUCACAUUCAGACCAGCUACAAUUCAUUGCAGAAAGACAAAGAACGAUUGCAGUCGAGUUAUAAUACUCUGCAGAAGGAAAAAGAACAGUUACAGCAAAGUUAUAGUUCUUUGACUACUGAAAGAGAUGACUUCAAGACCAGUUCCAACAAUCUGAAAAACGAGAGGAACCAGUUACGAGCACGUUACAACACCUUAAAACAAGAGAGCGAUCAGUUACAGACUAAUAAAGACCAGCUACAGACCAAGUACAGUAGCCUGCAAAGACAAAAAGAUGAGUUACAGACUUUGUCUGUUAUGCUGAGAGCAAAUAGAGAUCAGUUGCAGAGCAAUUACUCCUCACUGAAGAUGAACAAGGACCAGUUGCAAAGAAGCUAUAACACACUGAAUAUGAGCAGGAAUCUCAUUCAGACCAGCUACAAUUCAUUGCAGAAAGACAAAGAACGAUUGCAGUCGAGUUAUAAUUCUCUGCAGAAGGAAAAAGAACAGUUACAGCAAAGUUACAGUUCUUUGACUACUGAAAGAGAUGACUUCAAGACCAGUUCCAACAAUCUGAAAAACGAGAGGGACCAGUUACAAGCACGUUACAACACCUUAAAACAAGAGAGCAAUCAGUUACAGACUAAUAAAGACCAGCUACAGACCAAUUACAGUAGCCUGCAAAGAGAAAAAGAAGAGUUACAGACUUUGUCUGUUACGCUGAGAGCAAACAGAGAUCAGUUGCAGAGCAAUUACUCUUCACUGAAGACGAACAAGGACCAGUUGCAAAGAAGCUAUGACACACUGAGUAUAAGUAGGAAUCACAUUCAGACUAGCUACAAUUCAUUGCAGAAAGACAAAGAACAAUUGCAGUCCAGCUAUAAUACAAUGCAGAAGGAGAAAGAGCAGUUACAGAAAAGUUACAGUUCUUUGACUACUGAAAGAGAUGACUUCAAGGCCAGUUUCAACAAUCUGAAAAAUGAGAGCGACCAGUUACAAGUAAGUUACAACACCUUAAAACUAGAGAGCGAUCAGUUACAGACUUAUCACACUAAUCUGACAGCAAGUAAAGACCAGCUACAGACCAAGCACAGUAGCCUUCAAAGAGAAAAAGAAGAGUUACAGACUUUGUCUGUUACGCUGAGAGCAAACAGAGAUCAGUUGCAGAGCAAUUACUCUUCACUGAAGACGAACAAGGACCAGUGCCAAAGAAGCUAUGACACACUGAGUAUAAGUAGGAAUCACAUUCAGACUAGCUACAAUUCAUUGCAGAAAGACAAAGAACGAUUGCAGUCCAGCUAUAAUACAAUGCAGAAGGAGAAAGAGCAGUUACAGAAAAGUUACAGUUCUUUGACUACUGAAAGAGAUGACUUCAAGGCCAGUUUCAACAAUCUGAAAAAUGAGAGCGACCAGUUACAAGUAAGUUACAACACCUUAAAACUAGAGAGCGAUCAGUUACAGACUUAUCACACUAAUCUGACAGCAAGUAAAGACCAGCUACAGACCAAGCACAGUAGCCUUCAAAGAGAAAAAGAUGAGUUACAGACUUUGUCUGUUACGCUGAGAGCAAACAGAGAUCAGUUGCAGAACAAUUACUCUUCACUGAAGACGAACAAGGACCAGUUGCAAAGAAGCUAUGAUACACUGAGUAUAAGUAAGAAUCACAUUCAGACCAGCUACAAUUCAUUGCAGAAAGACAAAGAACGAUUGCAGUCGAGUUAUAAUUCUCUGCAGAAGGAAAAAGAACAGUUACAGCAAAGUUACAGUUCUUUGACUACUGAAAGAGAUGACUUCAAGACCAGUUCCAACAAUCUGAAAAACGAGAGGGACCAGUUACAAGCACGUUACAACACCUUAAAACAAGAGAGCGAUCAGUUACAGACUAAUAAAGACCAGCUACAGACCAAGUACAGUAGCCUGCAAAGACAAAAAGAUGAGUUACAGACUUUGUCUGUUAUGCUGAGAGCAAAUAGAGAUCAGUUGCAGAGCAAUUACUCCUCACUGAAGAUGAACAAGGACCAGUUGCAAAGAAGCUAUAACACACUGAAUAUGAGCAGGAAUCUCAUUCAGACCAGCUACAAUUCAUUGCAGAAAGACAAAGAACGAUUGCAGUCGAGUUAUAAUUCUCUGCAGAAGGAAAAAGAACAGUUACAGCAAAGUUACAGUUCUUUGACUACUGAAAGAGAUGACUUCAAGACCAGUUCCAACAAUCUGAAAAACGAGAGGGACCAGUUACAAGCACGUUACAACACCUUAAAACAAGAGAGCAAUCAGUUACAGACUAAUAAAGACCAGCUACAGACCAAGUACAGUAGCCUGCAAAGACAAAAAGAUGAGCUACAGACUAAUAAAGACCAGCUACAGACCAGGUACAGUAGCCUGCAAAGACAAAAAGAUGAGCUACAGACUAAUAAAGACCAGCUACAGACCAGGUACAGUAGCCUGCAAAGACAAAAAGAUGAGCUACAGACUAAUAAAGACCAGCUACAGACCAGGUACAGUAGCCUGCAAAGACAAAAAGAUGAGCUACAGACUAAUAAAGACCAGCUACAGACCAGGUACAGUAGCCUGCAAAGAGAAAAAGAUACAUUACAGACUUUGUCUGUUAUGCUGAAAGCAAACAGAGAUCUGUUGCAGAGAAAUUACUCUUCACUGAAGAUAAACAAGGACCAGUUGCAAAGAAGCUAUAACACACUGAGUUUAAGUAAGAUGUCCCUUCAGACCAGAUACAAUUCAUUGGAGAAAGACAAAGAACGAUUGCAGUCGAGUUAUAAUACUCGGCAGAGGGAAAAAGAGCAGUUGCAGACCAAAUACACCAGUUUGGCUGCAGCUAGAGAUCAGCUACAGAAGAAGAUCGACAAAGUGAGAGCUAAACCCUGUCAGACAGGCUGGAGUAAGUUCGACAUCAGCUGUUACCUUGUUUCAAAUUUGGAGAAAGACUGGAAGGAAAGCCGACAAUACUGCAUCACAAUGGGAGCAGAUCUAGUCGUCAUAGACAGCAGGGAUGAACAGGCAUUUGUCAACGGGUUACUGGAUCAAGGCCAAAAUGCAUGGACUGGUAUGACUGACAGUAUUAUAGAAGGAAGAUGGAUGUGGGUGGACGGGACUCCAGUCACCACUACGUACUGGGGGGAGAACCAGCCCAACAGCUACGAUGGGAACCAGGACUGUGGAGAAACUGUGCAAAGGUCAUCGGGAGUUGGAGAUUGGAACGAUGACGGCUGUUUUGGUGAUCAGAACUUUAUCUGUGAGAAAUAAUAUCACAAUGAUUUACACAGUUAAUGAUGGUGUGUUGGACUGCAGUUCUAAUGUACAUCAUAACUAAUUGAUUCUUUGUAUUAAUCCGCAGCUGAAAAUAGUCCCCAACAAAUACAGUGUUUACUCCAGUUUGCUAAAAUCUACAAUGCUCCACUGUUUUAGGAAAUUACUGAGCCUUUUUUGAAAAUGAUGGUAUACAUUUAUGGCUGUUUUUAAAGAUUUUCAUCUUCAGUGGGAACUCCAUGGACUUUCAGAAAGUGCUGAGAGAUGGACGUACACAUUGGGGGAUGUUCUUUUCAUGGGAUUUGUAGACAAUAACAAAAGUAUAUGAUAAUCUCAGGUUUAUUCUUUGAUACUGUUAAAGGCUGUUUUCAGUUAAUCUGGCUGAUUAGACCUCUUCUCAGGACUGUGUGGGCGUGUAUAGACUAUUGAGUCACAUCUUCCUGAUUCUCCUGUUAGCCUUGUUGAACCUGUUAAGGCGGGAUAAAUUACACCUUUAUCAUUCUUAUUGGUCGAUGAAGAUUUUUGACCUAAUAAAUCCCCAUCAAAGCUCCGGCCCACCUUCAACCUGAGCAGAGGUCUAAUCAGACAGAAUAACUGAAAUCACUUGUGUGGGUGUUCAGAGGCUUUAAAGGUCGGUUCACCCAAAUUACAAUCGAACAUAUUUCUCAUAUUUCCACACCUCUAGUGGACAUGUACGAUAUCUAUCUCUGAGAUUUCUGCCUCCAGACAGCCAAGUCUUAAUAUAUUAAACUUUUUAAGCUUUAAUGAUUUUAGACGAGUACACUUUGAUGCAUAACAUUGUUAACAUGUUCAUAAAUGUACUAUUUAGCUGAUGAUUUGUGUUUGAUGUAAUGGAAUAUGAAUUUCUUGGUUGUACAAAAACGGGUUUUACUAUGUGUUACCGUGUGCUCAUCUGAGUGUGCUACAUCAGAUUCAGCAAACACUCCUAACUUCAGAUAACUGUGUAAAUGCGUAAACAUGAUGAAUGCCACCUGUGUGUAAAUAAGCGCUCGUUCAUGAGAAUUGUAAAUUAACAUAAUUAACACACCAAUGAUACCAAGUAUGAAUCUGUUUGUACGAGUGGUUUUUGAGGCCAAUUGUCUAGUACUCUACUAUGAUAUUCUGUGGCCUUUGGCAUAGCUUUAGAAAUGUGUGCAAAUUGCCAUUUGUUUGAUUAAUGAAAUUGUAUGAAAAUUAAUGUAUAACACAAAUAAUGUAUGUUACAAAGCACAUGCAUACAACAUUUGCAUAUGGUUUUAAUAAUUUACUGUAUCACUCUGUAAUGAUUAAAAAAUACUGGCACAAAUUA